AUGAAGGUUCUGCGAGAGAACGGAUUUCGAGCUACAGCUUCCAUAAGGGACAACAGAUUGAAAAAGUGCACUGUAGACUCGGCGAGAACUAUGGCCAAAUAUGAUCGAGAUGUGAACAUCAACAGCAGAUAUGAAGAGGCAGUGGAUAUCAAUAGAAGAAUAAAUAAGGGUCGUAGAAGCGCAGGCCUACUUCAAGAAUGCUGA